AUGCCUCUCACGCAAGGAACAUUCGACUUUCUCUUUCACCAUGUCGUUCUACCCCCAAAGCUACCACAGGAGCAUGGAGUGCCUCAAGAGAGGGAACUGCACGAGUAUGUUCUGGCAGUUCUCCAGGACUACCUCAGCAAGAGCCCGUCGGAAUCCAGAGCGGGGUUGAAUCUCACUCAUGGGAUGCUGCAGAACUGGCUGGAGAUCCAGAAACCAGCUGGGCCCUGCGAACAAGCUCUAGCGCAGAAGCUAUCCGACCUUCGACUCGAUGGCGCCAUCGCUCUCUAUAUUCGCGCCCAAAAUUGCGGUUGGAUAGGAUUCCAUGAUACAACGCAGAAAAAAGUCAUCUUCGAUGCUUUUGAGGCAUCACCGCUUGCGAAGGAUGUGCUGUCUGCCCAAGGGAGCCUACUUCGCCGUUUCCCCGGACAGAGUGUGGCUAUACCCAGCGACAGGCUGAGCGAGGCGACGUUCUGUUCCUGGCUGGCAAGGGACCUGACAAGGCUUUCCACUGAGGUUGUGGACGAGAUGAGUCCAACUUCUACGAAGGCCGGUAGAACGCUGCCAGAGGAGAGAGAUACUGCACAUCCUGGUCUGGUUACUGAGUGUCUGAUGACCCAACUUCUAGCUUUCGGCAAACGAAACAAGUGGCCGUCAUUCGAGAAGCAUAUGCAUGAUGAGACGAUUCUUCGUCGCGCCUUCCCCGAGGACGAGGGGCAAUUGCAGUUCAAAAAUUUGAUGCUCUACCUCGUUGCAAGGCUCGGACUCCAGGCCACAAACAUGCGUCCAACCGUCUCUGCCGACCAACUGGAGAUAAUUCGCAUGAAGAUCGCUCGUCGGACCUGUAAGUUGCAGAGUGCCGCCUACGAGUUCGUUGCGAAGCAGGCUCACUCCACUGUGAGGGUAAUCCUGAAAGCUCUGCAAGAUAUACAGGCCACUAUCCGCAAGUCCGAUCGAGUCGUUGUACCACAAGCAUUUCAACACACCUCAAAAGACCUUCAAAUGUCUCUCAAAAACUGUUCGGAGUAUCUCCGAAAUGCGAUGACACGAGCGCCCAGCCAAGUACAAACAUCCCAGUUCAGUCGCACCUAUCCCGCUCGAGAACCGCGUAACGCACAUGGACUUCCUACAGUUCAGGAGGACAAUCUGCUCACCAUAUUCGAUUGCGAACGCUGGGUAGAAAAUGAGCUCGGUGGCUGGACGAAUAUCUUGACACCAUCAGAGAGUCUCAGCUCCGCCCUAGCCUCGCUGUUCGGAGACUAUUAUGGGCGUGCGCGUGCGAUCUACGCUGACAAUCCGGAAGCCGUGUCAAUAAUGGUACUGACCGUGCUGGAACUGUGGAUGGCGCUCGAUCAAAUGUGCGUCAGACUUUGCCCGCUUCUGGCAGACUACUCUCCAGAGAUACCGACGAAUUUCCUCGAGCCACUGCUCUUAUCACAACGUUCGCAAAUGGAGAGGGCAUACAAAGUCGAGGACUACAUUCAAAAAAGACACAGAGAUGCAGGUCGAUACCCUAGUAUUCUCCAGGAUCUGAUGCCUCAAUGCUUUGGGGCGCGCUACUCUGAUGCUUCUCAAAAGCACCAGCAGCUGCGGUUACGGAUCGAAGAGCACGCUCGACGUCAGGUCGAGAAAAAAAGGGACGAAUGGUCGGAAAAGUCGGUGAAACACAGCAAUCUGCUUAGAGAAGCCGGGAGACUCGGGUGCGAAUUCUAUUGGUCCUACGAUGGUUAUCGAAGACACAGUAUCAGUUGCAAAAAAUGUUCACUGGAAAGGCAAGCCGCUGGUAUAACUAUCAACAUCCAUGAAAGGCCGCUCCCCGAGAAUGAAACCACUAUGAAAGCUGUGGUCUUCGAGAUAGACUGCCCUCGCUGGCUCGCCGCAUGGCGUGACAUAACGUGGAAAAUGACACAAGAUCUUGGUAGAUCCGGGUUCAGCGCAGGGGUAGCUGUGGAGGAAGAUAUUCUCCGAUACAGCGAAACACGACCCUUUGUCACAGACUUGGGUCAACGCCUGACCAUAGGCUCUACUGCAAAGUCAUUUCUACGCACACACUACAACGGGAGAAGCUUUUCCGUGAGAUUUGACGAAGUAGCACUGCCAAACGGGCUUCGGUUCAAGCUGUUAGACAAAGAUUCGCGUAUCUGGAUCACCGACUAA